CAGAGUGAACACUGUGCUGAAUAAUACCUUUAAUCUUGUUACAAGAUGUAUUUUCAAAGUUCAGAAUAUUUAAUUAACAUUAAUUUACAACAAUCGUUAAAGUUUGUAAGCAGUGGAACGUAACAGUCUAGUUUGAUGCAAAAACGUUCAUACUAAUUUCAGCAGAACUGUUGUAUAAGUAAAAUUUAAAAUAAGAAAAAUAAUUAAUGGAUAUAAUUCAUAGCACUAACUUCACUCUGACUGCUCAUUUAAAUAGAAGAAUUUAACUGUUGGAGCCAGCGCCAGAAAUAUGUCUGAGUGAGGUUAUGUAUGUCAAAAUGAUUAACAUGCGAACAUAUGUGCAGAUCGUGACGGUUAUUGAAUUAGUAAAGACUCAAUAGUGGAAGAUUAAACUCUGGUGAGAUAAUGGCAGACAAUUUAGAACAACAGUCUGAGAUAUUUGGAGGCAGUGAAGAUGCAAGUUCUGUGUGUGAUGAAGAAAGAGUUAGAAAACUUUUCCAAGCGUGUGAUGGGGAUGGAGAUGGGUAUAUUGACAGUCAGGACCUGCUGACGGUGUGUCGAGAGUUGAAUCUUGAGGACUGUCUGGAAGAAUUGAUGCGAGAACUUGGAGCUGAUGAGCAGGGACGAAUUUCUUACCAAGAGUUUCUGAGAAGGAGAUUGGCUUUACGGCCUGAAAUAGAUGCCUUGAGAGGAAGCGAGGGUGUGGGUACUCAGGCCCACUGCCGGGGAACUCCCGAGUACCUGCCGACAAGCAGUGAUAACAGCCUUGGGGCGACCUCAGGGGGCGGAAAACUUCACGAAAGUUGGGAGUUUGAUUCCGGUGCCCGCGACUUGAGCCCAGAGCCCCACACCCUCCAGAAACUGGUCGAAGCAGCAGGGGGUUCGCUGCUCACGUCUGGUGCCACGGGCAACAUGUUUGAUCUCGCCAAUAAGCUGCACCUAGCAGCACUUGCCUCAUUAAAGGGCGAGAUCUUGGACCUGUCAAGUCGUCUGCACACUGUAACGCAGGAACGGGAUCUUUUGGAGAAGACUCUCAGCAAGACACAGCUGGAGAAACUCCGUUUGGUAGCUGAAACAGAAGAGCGUGCUGAAGUACAAGCUCAGCGCUAUGAAGAGAGACUAACCGAACUGCAUUCCGUCAUAGCCGAGCUGAGUCGCAAAAUUGACCGGCAAAGAGCGCUCGUCAUACGCGAAGAAGAUGACAUAUCUGAAAAUGAAGACCCAGAAAUCAGUCGGUGUGAGGCAGAAGGCUCAACAGCAAAUCUGGCUGAUGAUUCAGAACUUCAGGAUGGUGAUAGAACACUUGGUGAUGUGGACUCAAGUAGCGCGGACUGCUGUGAAAACCAACAUCAACCAGGAGAGGAGGCUGAAAGUCCGACGGGAGAGGCACUGCCCACAGCCAACGAAUCUCAACCUCUCAACAAGGAGACUGCUACUUCUUGCCACAGCCUACAGAUGGCAGCACUUGCUGAGGAACUGGCACAUAUGCGAGCAGAGAAUGCAGCAUUACAAGAACAGCUGUCCCGACAAGAAGAAGAGCUCAGUCGAACCCGGGGUGCUCUGGGCAGUCUAAGAGGGGAUCGAGACCGAUUGCGAAAGAAGAUUCGUGAGGUAGAAGGAAAGCUACAGCAAGACACAUCACGUUGUGCCUCCCCUGCUCCAACACCGUGCCCUGCUGGAACCCCUGCUUCUAACAUGGCAGUGGUGCCUCAAGAUAACAUGCCAGUUUGUAAGAUUGCAGAACGAGUUGUCCUUCGCAAAAUGGAUAACAACCGACAGAUCACUGGUUCUCAGCUUGCAACGUAUGGCGUGUGCAACACUGUCCUAGCAGAGAGCCUGGUUAGUGAACUCCAAGAGGCAGAUCUGCAGGAGCUAAGUCGUAGCGAGGCUGUGCGAAGACAGUAUGAGGUAGAGACCGAACGACUCACGAGCAGGCUGGAACACGCGCGUGCACAGAAUGCUGUCCUAGCCCUCACGUUAGAUGAAAGCAAAACUCAGUGUGACAGGUUGAGUUUGCUUGUGGGAAAAUAUGAAUCAAAUGCUACAGCAUUAAGGUUGGCAUUAAGCUACAGCGACAGAGCUAUAGAAGCGUACGAUGUACUGGUGGCAUUACUUGAGAGUGAGCUGGGUCUCCUGCUUGCCAAUUGCCGAGCAGCGGGCAUUGGAAACCAGAAUAUGACAAAGGAUGACAUUGUGGCAGAUGGCGAUAAUGACUGCGCCGGAGAGGUGGUAGCUUUACUGAGACGUGCGGGUGAGAACCGCCGGGCAGCGGAGACAGUAGCAAGACAUAUGUUAGCCAGGCUUGACAAUGCCAGUGCUACUGGGGGCAUGGGUCCAUGGGACGACUACAGUCAUACCACCAGCACAAGUUCAUCCAGUGACUGCUGCAGUGAAUGGGGUCAAGGGGAGGAGCGUAGGUUACGAGAUCACAUCGGCAAGCUGAAGACAGAGCGCAGCUCUGUAAAAGCGACAGUUGUGGAACUGGAGAGUUGUCAUGCAGAGCCUCUUGUGGCGAGGCAACCGAUCUCAUUGGCUGAGGCUCGUAAGCUGGAUCUCGAAACGGCAGUGCUCAUGCAGGAGUUGAUGGCUAUGCGAGAAGACAAGGCUGAUUUGCGAGCUCGAGUGUAUCUGUUGGAGAAAGAACGCUCGGCUCUGGAGCUGAAACUUAGUUCACAGGAGGCCCACCAGGCAGCACAGCAAGCUACAGUGCAACAUCUGCAGGCACAGCUACAGGAUGUUGAGAGGAGGUUACGAACCCAGCACCAACAGGACUUGGGAUGUGAAGGAGAAGACGAUGAUUCUGAAUUGGCAGACGCUCUUAGACGAGAAGCUAGAUUGAAAGAACGUAUGCAAGAACUAGUUGCAACACUGGAGAAGGUUGGUAGGAAUUCUGAACUACGCCAUCAGCAGUCUGCUGACCUGGUAAAUGACCUGAAACGUGCUAACAGUGCACUUGUUCAGACACUUGAGAGGUCGAAAAAGAAAUACCAGUCGCGACUAAAGAAACUAGAGCAGCAGAUGCUGGAGAUGGUGGAAAGGCACUCGGCACAGGUGAGGACAUUGAAACAAAAAAUUAACACUCUUGAAGAAGAACUUGCAACUUGCAAGUCGAACGGUUUCCACACGCAACAGCAACAAAGCAACCGAUCACAGAGUUCAGGAGCAAGUGAAACUUCCUUGUGACAGGAAAAGUAGCAAGCCACAUCACAGUAGCUUGUCCUGUCCAUCAUGAAACCAGUCUCAAGGAUCGUUACUCUUCAGCUUGUUAAAUGGUAACAUUGAUAAUAAAAUGGCCAAUUUGACACUGUCAGUGAAAUAAUAAAUAGGCGUUUGCUCCUUUCAGUGGCCUAUAAUUCAGAACAUGUUUAGUUAUGUUUAUUAAGGUCUACAGGAAUAUUAUGUUAAACUAUUUUAUAGCUAAUGGCUUUAGGAAAUAAUGCUGUUGUUAUAUUGUUAUUGCUCUGAUGAAUUUAUUUAUUUUUACCCCAAAGCAUAUUUCAUACAUAACUCUCUGCAGAAUUUUAUUUUAUUUCUUAUAGAUAUAUCAAAGGGAAAAUGUAAAUGUACAUCUGCUGUCAGAAUGUGUGCAUUUAUGCAGGUAUUAAGCUUUUAAAAACAAUCCUAAAAUUCAUUAGAGCAUUUCCUAUUUCAUUUGUAAAAGAAAAUAACUUGUUCAUAAAUGAAGACUUAAAUAACCAAAUGGGCUCUAAUCAGUUUACAGCUUAAGAGACAAACUAUCGUAAUACGAAUCGAAAGCAUUUCUGAAUAUUUAUUCAGUUAUUCCGAUGUAUAUAAUCAUUUAAGAAAGCUGCUGGUACUGUGUACCAGUGCAUACCGCCACAAAAAAAGUUACAGUGGAACCACGGU